UCCAGUGUCCAGUCCACUGCCACUCCAGUCCAGUCCCAGUCCCAGUAGUAGUCCAGUUAGUUAAAAAUAAAAAGUUUGUUGUUUUGUUCUUGUUCUUGUUCUUGGUUCUUGUUUGGGUUAGGGUUUGCGUUUGCAGGUUUGAGGUUAUCUGUUACUAUACACUGUCAUUGAUCAAUCGUCAAUCGUCACUAAUCGUAGUGUGAGUCAAUCGAUCAACCGAUUUAACCUCUAAUUCUGAUUUAUCUCACACUGAAAUAAUCAAUCUAUUGACUUCUAUCGUUCUUGCCUGAAAAUAAGCAGUUGAAAAUGACUUUUGAAAAUCAAAUCAUUACUUGCCGAGCUGCUGUUGCAUGGGAAGAAAAAAAACCUCUUUCUAUUGAGACCAUAGAAGUAGCUCCUCCUAAACAAGGUGAAGUUCGCAUAAAAAUUAUCUCUACUGCCCUCUGUCACACCGAUGCUUAUACACUUGAUGGCCUCGACCCGGAGGGCAAAUUUCCUUGUGUUCUUGGACAUGAAGGCGGUGGUGUUGUCGAAAGUGUUGGAGAAGGAGUAACUAGCUUCAAACCAGGUGACCAUGUCAUUCCUUUGUACAUUCCACAGUGUGGUGACUGCAAAUUCUGCAACUCACCCAAAACUAACUUGUGUAGCAAGAUUAGGCUCACUCAGGGACAAGGUGUGAUGCCUGAUGGGACAUCAAGAUUUACCUGUAAGGGCAAACCACUAUUCCACUUCAUGGGCUGUUCCACCUUUAGUGAAUUCACUGUGGUGGCAGAAAUAUCUUUGUGCAAGAUAUCAGAUGCAGCUCCUCUAGAGAAGGCUUGUCUGCUGGGUUGUGGUGUUCCUACUGGCUACGGUGCUGCUCUCAACACUGCCAAGGUAGAGGCUGGGUCCAACUGUGCUAUCUGGGGUCUCGGUGCCGUGGGUCUGGCUGUGGCUCUGGGUUGUCAGGCUGCUGGCGCCAAACGCAUCAUUGGAGUGGACAUCAACCCAGACAAGUUUGAAACUGCCAAACAGUUUGGUGUGACAGAAUUUGUCAACCCUCUGGACCAUGAGAGACCAACUCAAGAAGUCCUUGUUGAAAUGACAGAUGGAGGGCUGGACUACACUUUUGAGUGUGUCGGAAAUGUCAAAACAAUGAGAGCAGCUUUGGAGGCUUGUCACAAGGGGUGGGGUGUAUCAGUCAUUGUAGGGGUAGCAGGAGCAGGUCAGGAAAUCGCUACUCGCCCCUUCCAGCUGGUCACCGGCAGAACCUGGAAAGGAACUGCUUUUGGAGGCUGGAAGAGUAAAGACAGCGUGCCAAAGCUGGUGGACCAAUAUUUGGCUGGCAAGCUGAAACUGGAUGAGUUUGUCACAAAUGUCCUCCCGUUUGAAAAAAUCAAUGAUGCAUUUGAAAUGUUACAUGCUGGAAAAUGCAUCCGAGUGGUUGUAAACUUUUGAAGAGCGAGAUAGACUGCACAAACUCGCCAAACAAAUACCAAAUAUGUGCCUAUAUGUUUAUAUCUCUCUUGCUUAAUUAUAUGGUGCUCCUGAGACUAUGUAAUUCUUAUAUGUAACCAAAGGUUUAUCUUAUUUAUUGGCAUACCAAAAUAAAAACUUAAUUUUCA